CGCUGCGCCAUCUUUCUAGUAUUAUACCAAUUUUAGACAUAUAAUCAAAUUUCCCCUCCUGUUUUUGUAGGCUUUGCUGCUUGGGAACCUGAACACGCGAAAAAUUACGACGAGCCCUUUCCUGUUGCGAGUGCGCCGUCGCCGCUCGGCUCCCCUUCCCGAUGGCUUCCCUGCCCUCGUCCCCCACCCCUGAGCCGCCGCCGCCGUUGGCAGCGCCGCCGUCGCCAUCCACCAUCUCCGACGGCGCCGUUUCCGGCACGCUCUCGGCGGCCGAGGCCUUCGCCGUGCACUAUCCGGGCUACCCCUCCUCCCCCGCCCGCGCCGCCCACACCCUCGGCGGCCUCCCUGCCAUCGCCAAGGUCCGGAGCUCCGACCCCGGCUCCCGCCUCGAGCUCCGCUUCCGCCCCGAGGACCCCUACUGCCACCCGGCAUUCGGCGAGUCCCGCGCCACCACGGGCCUCGUCCUCCGCCUCUCCAGGCGCAAGGGAGCCCCAGCGGCGCCGCGUGCUGAGGUGGUUGCGCGUGUCCGGACCGCCUACCACUUCGAAGGUAUGGCAGAUUUUCAGCAUGUCGUUCCGGUGCAUGCUGCACAAGCGAGAAAAAGAAAACAGUCAGAUUCUGAAAAUGAUGAUGAAACUUUACGUAGUGAUAAAACUGGACAUCUGGAAACAGAUGAUGGAGAUGUCAUGAUGUUGGUACCCCCACUCUUCUCAGUGAAGGAUAGACCAACAAAGAUAGUGCUUCUACCAUCGUCCAAUGCAGUAUCUAAAAGCAUGCUUAGGGGAGUCGUACAGCAAAAAUGGGAGAUGGAUGUUGGACCAACCCUUGCGCUUCCUUUCAACAUUCAAGCUGCCCCGGGGAAGAUUAAUUGGGAAGACCACGUACCGAAGAAUUCAGUAGACUGGGAUUGGCAAAUGGCUGUGUGCAAAUUGUUUGAUGAGCGUCCUGUGUGGCCAAGGCAAUCACUUUAUGAACGAUUGCAGGAUGAUCGCGUGCAUGUCUCACAAAGCCAAUUCAAAAGGCUUCUGUUUAGAGCUGGAUACUACUUCUCUAGGGGGCCCUUCGGUAAAUUCUGGAUCAGAAGAGGAUAUGAUCCCCGUAAAGAUUCUGAGUCACGAAUAUUUCAGAGAAUUGAUUUCCGCAUGCCCCCUGAGCUAAGGAAUCUUCAAAGGACAAAGGAUUCUGGAUCUAAAAAAUGGACAGAAAUGUGCAAGCUUGAAGCAAUGCCGUCAAAGAGUUUCAUCUUUCUGCAAUUAUUUGAACUGCAAGAUGACUUUAUUCAAGCAGAAAUUCGAAAGCCUUCUUAUCAAUCAACUUGUUCACAUUCUACAGGUUGGUUUUCUAAGCCAAUGAUUAAAACCCUGAGGUUGCAAGUGAGCAUAAGAUUCCUCUCUUUAUGUCCUAAUGAAGAUGCAAAACACUUGCUGAGGAAUGCCCAUAAACUUAUUGAAAGGUCCAAGAAGCAGGAAGCCCUUUGCAGAUCUGAGCAAUCAAAAGAAGAUAAGGAUGUUGAUGAAGAAGGGCCUGCCACGCAUGCUGGAUCUGAAGAUCAAGUUGGCCCUAACGACUCUGAUAGUGAAGAUGUGGAUGAUGAGGAAGAGGAAGAUGAAGAUAAAGAGGAGUCAGAUGGUUACGAGUCUCCACAUAUGGCAGAGGAUGUUCGUGAUUUCACCUUAGAUGAUUCCUACACACUUGGAGAAGGCUUCUCCAGUGGAUACCUUGAAGAAGUGCUGCGCACCUUUCCAGUGCAGGAAGAUGGCCAAAAUAAAUUAGGUGAUGCCCCUGGCGACGCUGAAGCAAGUGAUGGGGAGUUCGAAAUUUACGAACAGCCCAGUGACGAUGAAGAGUUCUCUGAUGGUUAGUAGGGUUUUUUUGGGAGUUGUAAUCUUCCGCAGCUUCUUUUUUUUUUUUGCAAACUCAUUUAAAGAUCCCAUGCUUGUAAGAAUGGCAUUACAUAGCUUAUUUGUUAAAUUAUCUUUUCGUUGGGUACCUCGUAACACGUGCUCAUGGUGUGGGCUGGUAAUGAGAGACAAAAAUACGGUACCAUGUUUAAUAUAUCUUGGCACUAAUAAUGUAGAAAUUUGUAUACUGAUUGUAUAGAUGAUAGGGACUAAUUAGAGCACGACUGUCGCAAUGAACUGUCACAAUAUAUUACA